AUGGAAUCCGACAUAAACCAGAUUGAACUGGUUUGUAUCAAUAAUGAUACAAGAUCAACUGAAGGUUCAGUUGUUAUACAACAAUCGUCUAUUGGUGGCGAAGGAAACUUACAACUAGGUUUGAACACACAAGAACCAACAGUGAAUGGCAAUGAUACCAUGAAGCAGGUAACAAAAUCAAUUUCGUCAUGGGAUCUGAAAUAUUAUCACUGGACAAUAUCAGGUUCAAUCGUUGGUGCUAUGGGAUUUUUUAUAUUUACAUGUAUUGUAAUGACAACUGGCAUCCUAAUCGUUUGUUUUACUUCACCAAAAUCACAUGGACAAAAAUGUGAGUUUAAUAUUUCACAAACAGCCACGAAUCCAAUUGAGUAUAACUAUGGUCCACGAUCUGUUGCUGUUGGUGAUUUCAACAAUGACACUUGGAUAGAUAUGGUAGUUGCCAAUUCGAUUGUUAACAAUAUUGGUAUAUAUUUUGGCUAUGAAAAUGGUACGUUUGUCAAACAGAUCGAAUAUUCAACUGGUUUGGGUUCCAAUCCUUAUAUGGUUGCAGUUGGUAAUCUGAACAAUGAUUCUCGAUUAGAUAUUGCAGUUGCAAACUUUGACACAAAUACUAUUCGUAUAUUUUUUGGGUACGGAAAUGGAUCUUUUGGGAAUCAAAUAGAUUUGUCGACUAACACAUCGCGUCCAAUAUCAAUUAGUUUAGUUGAUCUCAAUAAUGAUACAGUACUUGAUAUUGUCACUGUCAAUUUUGGAACUAAUAGUAUAAGUAUAUUUUAUGGUUACGGAAAUGGAAUGUUUUCGAAUCCAACAAUGUAUUCAACAGGUUACGAUUCCCUUUCAUAUGCAUUAGCUGUUGGUGAUUUUAAUAAUGAUAACUAUAUGGAUAUUGCCAUUGCGAAUUAUGGAACAAACAAUAUUGGUUUAUUUCUUAAUGCUAAGAAUGGUACUUUUGAAGAACAGAUAACUAUUUCAACUGGUUAUGGUUCUCAUCCAAUAUCAAUAGCUGUUGGUAAUUUCAAUGGUGAUACACUUGUUGAUAUCGCUGUUGCAAAUCAUGGAACAAACACAACCGGUAUAUAUUUAAGCAAUGGAAAUGGGACUUUUGCAAAUCAAAUAAAGUAUUCUAUAAAUUCUGGUUCACCAUACUCAAUUGGUGUUGGUGACUUCAAUCAAGAUAAUCAUUUAGACUUAUUCAUUAUUACUAUUGGUGCUAAUAAUACAGGUCUACUUCUCGGAUAUGGAAACGGUAGUUUUUCUGAUGCAAGAAUGAAUUCAACUGGAUCGACUUCAUCGAUCUCUUUUGCUACAUGUGAUUUCAACAAAGACAAACGAUUAGAUGUUAUCGUUGUUAAUAAUGAAACUAAUAGUAUAGAUAUUCUUCAAGGUUACUUCGAAGGCUUUUCGUUACCCAAAUAUUAUUCAACUAAAUAUAUACCAUUUUAUAUAGUUCUUGGUGAUUUUAACAAUGAUGGUAAACUGGAUUUAGUUACUACUUAUUAUUAUAAUAAUUGGAUAAGUGUUGUUCUUGGAUAUGGUAAUGGUUCUUUCACAAAUGAAACUACAUAUUCAACUGGUACUUCUCCAUAUUUUGUAGCUGUCAGUGAUUUCAAUAACGAUAGUUAUUUGGAUAUAGUUGUAACCAAUUAUGAUAGCAAAAAUGUCAGUAUUUUUCUUGGAUAUGGUAACGGCUUCUUUGCAAAUCAAAAAACAUAUUCAACUGGCAUUGGUCCACGAUCUUUGGCUGUUGGUGAUUUUAAUAAUGAUGGUCAGUUGGAUUUAGUUGUUGCCAAUUCUGGUAAUUUAUAUGUGAGUAUUCUUUUGGGUUAUGGCAAUGGUUCCUUUGCAAACCAAAUGAAAUAUAUAACUAGAACUUAUUCAUACAUCGUAAUUGUUGGUGAUUUCAAUAAUGAUAUUCAAUUAGAUCUAGUUAUUGCCAACUAUGGUGUCAAUAAUAUAAGUGUUCUUCUGGGAUAUGGUAAUGCUUCGUUUGCAAAUCAAACAACAUACGCAACUGGUACUAAUCCACGAUCUCUGGCUACUGGUGAUUUCAAUAACGAUGGUCAGUUAGAUCUGGUUGUUGCCAAUUAUGGUAGCAAUAAUCUAGGGAUCCUUCUUGGAUACGGUAAUGGCACCUUUGCAAAGCAAAUCACAUAUGGAGCAUCUGAUCCUCCAUAUACUGUAGCUGUUGGUGAUGUCAAUAAUGACACUUAUCUGGAUAUUGUUUUUGGUCUUAAUGGUAAUCUCGAAGUAUAUGUUUUAUUUGGGUAUGGAAAUGGUUCUUUUGGAAACGCGAUGUCAUAUUACGAUGGUAAAUAUGGAUACUGCACAGUGAUUGGAGAUUUGAACAACGAUAACCGAUUGGAUAUUGUCAUAGCAGGCUAUACUAGUUAUGAUGUUCCUGUAUUGCUACAGUAUAAUCGUGGAGCUCUUGUAAAUGAAAUUAGUUAUGCAUCAGGUGGUGGUUCUGAAUUACAAUCUAUUUUUGUUAGUGAUGUAAACAAUGAUACUCGAUUAGAUAUUAUUGUUAGUAAUUUGGGUACUGACAAUUUAGGUAUUCUUUUCGGGAAUGGUGAUGGUUCUUUCAAAAGCCAAGUGUUCAUCGAUAUGGACUCAAAUUCUCUGCCAUCAGUAAUUACCAUGAGUGAUUUCAAUGGUGAUACUCAAUCAGAUAUUGCUGUGGCUACCUCUGGUACAAAGCAAGUACAAAUGUUAAUUGGAAAUGGACGAGGAUCAUUCAUAAGUCAAGCAACCUACCAACUUCCUUUGCCAUAUCCUCCAUUAGCUAUCUCGCCUGGUGAUUUCAAUAAUGAUGGACGAUCAGAAAUCGUUGUUGGAUAUGGUGAUGGUGAUACUGUUGAUAUUCUUAUUUCAUAUAAUAGUGGAUCUUUUACAAAUCAAACGAUUUAUACAACUGGCUCCAAUCCAUACGCUGUAGUAGUCAAUGAUUUUAACAAAGACAAUCAGUUAGAUUUAGUUGUUACCAAUUCUGUUAGUAAUACUAUAAGUGUUUUUGUUGGAUAUGGCAAUGGAUCAUUUACAAAUCAAACGAUAUAUCCAACCGGUACUACACCACGAUCUUUGGCUGUUGGUGAUUUCAACAAUGAUAAUCAGUUGGAUCUAGUUGUUGCUAACUAUGGUAGCAAUAAUAUCAAUAUCUUUCUAGGAAAUGGUAAUGGUUCGUUUGCAAAUCAAGCAAGUUUUCCAACAGGUACUGGUCCAUAUUCUUUAGCUGUUGGAGAUUUCAAUAACGAUACUCGAUUAGAUUUAGUUGUUGCCAAUGAUGGUAACAAUAAUAUUGGUGUUCUUUUGGCAUAUGGUAAUGGUUCAUUUGCAAAUCAAACUACAUAUCCUACUGGUACUAAUCCACGAUCUGUGGCUACUGGUGAUUUCAAUGAUGAUGGUUGGUUAGAUAUAGUUGUUGCAAAUUAUAAUUCUGAUAAUGUGAGUAUUUUUCUUGGAUAUGGGAAUGGUUCCUUUGCAAAUCAAAAGACUUUUACAACUGAUCUUCGUCCAUGGUUUGUAGCUGUUGGUGAUAUCAAUAAUGACACUCUAUUAGAUAUUGUUGCUGCUACCCUUGGUAAGAAAACCGUGAGUAUUCUUUUAGGGUAUAGUAAUGGUUCUUUUGCAAAUUUCAUGAUAUACCCUGUGGGUAUUCUUCCAGAAUGUGUAGCUGUUGUUGAUAUCAAUAAUGACGCUAAAUUAGAUAUCAUUGUCACAAAUCUGGGUAGCAAUUAUGUGUGUGUAUUAUUAGGGUAUGGAAAUGGCUCCUUUGCAAACCAAAUUACAUAUCCAACAGGUGUUUCUCCAAAAGCUGUAGGUAUUGGUGAUUUUAACAAUGAUACUCUACUUGAUAUGGUUGUCACAAAUUCAGGUGAUAACAAUAUUAUGAUAUUAUUUGGUUGUCCUAAUCAAGUUUUUGUAAAGCAAAUGGUAGUUUCUACUGGCGAAGAUUCUCAAACACAAUCUGUUGUUGUUGGUGAUUUUAACAAUGAUAAUAAAAUGGAUAUUGGAGUCGCUAAUUCAGGUACUAAUAGUAUUGGUAUUUUUCUUGGAUAUGGAAAUAUUACUUUUACAAAUCAAACAACAUAUUCAACUGGCUCAAAUUCAACUCCAUAUUUUUUAGCAAUUGGCGAUUUCAAUAAUGAUACUCAACUAGAUAUUGUUACUGCUAAUUAUCAAUCCGAUACAAUAAGCAUUUUCUUGGGAUAUGGUGAUGGUAAAUUUGCAAAUCAGACAUCAUAUUCAACUGGUUCAUCUUCAUCUCCUUGCUCUGUAGUUGUUGGUUAUUUUAAUAAUGACAACAAACUUGAUAUUGGUGUAGUUAAUUAUAAUAACAACAAGUUAGGUUUGUUUCUUGGACAGGGUAAUGGAAUAUUUGAUAAUAUAAUGAUAUUUUCGAUGGCAUAUGGUUCUCAUCCAUUUUCUGCUGUUAUCGGUGAUUUUACUAAUGAUGGAAAAAUCGAUUUUGCUGUUGCAAAUGAUGGUACUGACAAUAUAAAUGUUUUUUUACAGACCUGCUAA